AUGUGGAAGCCAGGAACUCUUUUUGCAACAAUGAGAUGCUGCACCCACCCACUGCUCAGGAGGUUGUUGGGUCUCUCGCCUCAGUGCACAUCAGGGCAGUUGAGUCAACGUAAAGGUCCUGUCCUCGGUCCAAAGUGGUUAUCGCUGAGAAGGAGCUGCAGUGCAAGACCUGGGCUCAUGACUGCCACUGAUGUGGCCAACUACUGGCACAAGGUGUUUGAGACAAAUGGGAUCCCUGAAGCACGAGAAUCCAGUGAAUAUAUCGUGUCGUUUGUUCUGGGAGCAAAAACAUUUCAGAGCUUGGAUUCCAGAAGCCUCCACACUCCACUUACAGCAGUGCAGCAGGAGCAAAUCCAGCAGCUGAGCAACAAGCGACUAGAAAGAAUGCCAGUGCAGUACGUGCUUGGUGAAUGGGACUUUCAGGACCUGACUCUGAAGAUGAGACCCCCAGUAUUUAUUCCUCGGCCAGAAACAGAGGAUCUUGUCUCUUUAGUUGUGGAGGAAGAAUCUCGGAAAUGUGAGAAGAAUUCAGGCCUCUGCUUCCCAGUUCCUGUCCCUCAUCCUGUGAUCCUGGAGAUUGGCUGUGGCUCUGGAGCAAUUGCUCUGAGUCUGUUGUCCAAACUGCCACAGAGCCGGGUGAUAGCCAUGGAUAAAGAGAAGGCUGCUGUGAAUCUCACCAGGGAGAAUGCGCAUAGGCUGCAACUCCAGGACAGGAUCCACAUCCUCCAUCAUGAUGUUUCAUACAGUUCUGCCAAGCAGCUGCUACUCUGGGGCCCCGUAGACUUUAUAGUCAGUAACCCCCCAUACGUCUUCCAUGAAGACAUGGCUUCGUUGGAUGCAGAAAUCUUCCGCUAUGAGGACCUUGAUGCACUGGAUGGGGGAGAUGAUGGGAUGAGAGUCAUCAAAACAAUUCUGACUCUGGCUCCUUCUCUUCUGAAGGAUUCUGGGAGUGUGUUUUUGGAAGUUGAUCCCAGACACCCAAAUAUGGUGGAGAACUGGCUACAGGCACACCCCAACUUACUACUUGUCCUUCGUGCCAUUCACAAGGACUUCUGUGGCAAGCCUAGGUUUCUGCACAUCCAAAACCAAAGCAGGUGACAACUGUACCAGAAAUAACUCUUCUUGCAGUAUGCUUUUUGCUGGUUAGCACUGCUGAACAGCUUAUUGAAAACUCUGCGUGGCAAAAAGAAUCUGCA